AUGGAUAAUACGCCCGAGGGUUGGUACCGCGGUCUGCCCAUAGUGACCCGUGCUAUCUUCACCACGAUGUUCAUCACCACUUGCCUGGUCCAGAUGGGAUUGCUGAACCCGAUGCUGAUUAUAUUGGAUUGGCGACUAGUCUACCAGAAACUGAAUCUUUGGAGGGUCUUCACCAGCGUGCUCUUUCUAGGCAAAUUCAGUUUCAACUUCGUCAUGCAACUGUACUUCUUCACUUCAUUCGGAAGCAAACUCGAGCGCUCGGAUCGAUUUAGCGCCAUGCCGGGCGACUAUGCGUAA